GUCGGCACCUUGACCUUCGCUGCACGAUGGCCUCUUCUAGCGCAAACGGAAAGCGACGGAGCGGCCCUCUCUCGUGUGCAGAGUGUCGUCGACUUAAGCUAAGGUGUUCGCGUGUAUUCCCCUGUGCAAGUUGUGUGAAGAAGGGGUGUGCAGCUAUCUGCCCCGAUGGCUCUCUCACAACGGGGAAGGGAAACAGAUUCGUCCUUGCCAAUACCGAGGUGCUCCAUGAGAAGAUUUUAGUACUUUCUACCCGCGUCAGGGAACUUGAAGAUGCUCUUGCCGAAGCACACGCUGCACCACCUUCUGCUGAGCCGCAUCCACUAUUGAGUCAGGAACUGCUACAGCUCAAGCGGCCCCUCGAGAGGGAAGCUCCAGAAGUGGCGAAGGAAACCGAGGUUGAGACGGCAGAAGCGAUAGAUGCCAUCGGGUCACUGUACAUAUCAGAAUCAGGCCGUACGAAGUUCUACGGCACAACAGCGAAUGCCUGGUACCUUCUGCAGAAUGAGGAAGGGGGGGACGACGAGGCCGAAAAUACCGAGAUACACUUACCGGCUGACAUCCCUUGGCUGGGCCAUGCCUUUCCUUUUGCGACCGCUAAUGAGACCAAGCUCAACAUCCGACAGUCUCUCUAUUCUUCCCUUCCAGAAGUUGAGAAAGCGCGCCGGCUAGCGACUGUCUACUAUAGGCACUGUGCAUGGAUGUACACGCCAAUCCCCGAUGCAGAGUUUUAUAAUGCAGUUUUCUCGCGUAUCUACGAUCAGCCCAUAACCAUAGAUCAAGAUCCAGUUGAUUCUCACCGUUUGGCCGUACUGUACAUGGUUCUUGCGCUGGGAACGCUUUUCGACCUCGAGCAGUCCUACAUGUCGGUUGAGGCAACGCAGUAUUACCAGCUCGCCCGAGCAUCGCUCUCGCUUGACUCAGUGCUCGAGCACCAGACAAUCCCCGCGAUCCAGGCGCUGGUCCUUAUGUGCCAUUUCAUGUUCAUGUCCUUCCGAGAUGGCCCUCGCUGGGCUCUGAUGGGUCUUGUGGUCAAGCUUACCCAGAGUCUCGGCCUCCACAGGGACGGUGGGAAAUGGAAUUUAAAUCCCGAGGAGGCUUAUCACAGGAGGUCGCUGCUCUGGGAAGUGUAUACCUACGAUUCCUGGCAGAGUCUAACCUUCGGCAGACCUCCGUCCUUCUCCAAUGCGUAUAUUGACUGUCAGAUGGCUGAACCUGAUCCCCAGCAAGUGCCGGACAAGGGCGAGGAUGUGGAGAUGUCAUUCAAGGCGUGGAAGCACCGAUGGUCGUCUCGCUGUCUGAACGUCGUUCAUGAACAAGCCUUUGGGGCAAAAACGCCGAGCUACAGGACCAUUCAGGAGCUGGACAAGAAGGUCCGCAACUACCCUGUUCCGCCUACCUUACGGGUACCAGGCUUCGGCGGCGCGAAGAUGCUGGAAAUUGAACAGCCGAGCAUUGAGCUGACGAUGCAGCGACACAUUGCUUUUGCGAUCAAAGAGAUGACCAUAUUUUAUCUACACCGCGGUUUCUUUGCUCGAGCAAUUGAAGACAACCCUGAAGAUCCGCUCGGCAGCAAGUUUGCUCCCUCUGUGCUGGCUGCAUACACCAGCGCUUGCACCUUUGUCGGCCUCGUCAAGAGCCUGCACUCACAACACUCCAGGCUUACGGAACGUCUGUGGUUCUUAUUCACCCACGUCUUUUCUUGUGCGAUCGUUCUGGGGUCAAUCGCGGCGAAAUGCCCGACAAUGCCAUUUGCAAGGUCUGCUUUGAUGAAUUUGGAUUCGGCGUAUAACCUGUUUGAAGUCGUCAAGGAGAACGACCGCGCGGCAAAGGUGCUGCCCGUAUUGCAGAGAUUGAAGGGAAGAGCGAUGUUAGCGAUGAGUGCUCAUGCGGUAAAUGGACCAGGUCCAUCUCGUAUGACACCUCCAGACUCUAUUGUCAAGGAAGAAGACGAAGAGUUGGCUGCACUUGGGGGAAAGACACGACUAGUGCCGCGUAGGUCGCCGUCUACCCCAAAUUCUCCGCAAGAUUCGCUGCACCUGCACCAUACGCCAAGCCCACACAGCUCGCCUGUGCAGCCAUAUCCUGCCGAGCACGUGCCUUCGGCGCACGAUCGCCACGGCAUGAACGGCAUGGCGCAUUGGCAUUACCAGCAGCAGCCCGUGGAGGAGACGUACCCAAACUACUUCUCCACCACCUCUGGUACUGCGUCCGGACACUGGCCCUCUGACACGCAGUACGGUCAGCUGCAUUCACCGCACAUGACCGUUGCAUCUGGGGUGCAGUACUCGCCAUACGAGCAGAUGUCACCUGUCGCGGGUGCAUACCACUCGCCCGUCGACACGCAAGCACAGGCGGACCCGCAGGCAUCGUGGCAAAGCUUCUAUGCGCAGUAUCAACCAGGGUCAAUGAGUGGCUGAAUGGAGUUGGGUGUUUCUUGGAGUAGAUCGUAACUUGGAUGAACUGCAAUACUCGGACAUGUUCUUUCGAUAGUCUUUAUUUCUUGUAG